AUGAAAUGCACCCUGGAGCAUCGUGCCGCCUUCCGUUCGCUGGUGAAUUCUACGCCGGGUCUGUACUACUUUCACCUGCUUGACUGGGCCGGUCUAGGCGCAGCUUUCUAUGUGCCGCACCCCUACCGCUGCCUCUUCCCGCCCAAGACCGGCGUCAGUCCGCAGCCCGGUGCUGAGAAUUCGGCUAGUCAGGACGGUGGUGGUCGAUUAGCGGAGGCCGAGGCGUUGGAGAAUGGUGUAGAAGACAGUGAGGACACCGCCAACAACAACCGGGCAGUGCUCUCGGCCCUUCUUCGUCUCCCGCCCAGUGCAGCUCAGGCCAUCGCUGAUGUCAAUCGCGAU